CGGAAGCCUUUGUCCUGUUAUAAUUAAUCACAGACUCCAAGUCCAACCCCCGCGUCGUCUCUGCUGCGGUUUUGCCUGUCUUCGCAGCAUGCCCGCCCGCUGCGACAACUUACCUCACCCUCACCGCCUUCGUCCCCGUUGCUCCCACCGCUCUCGUCCACCUCGGCCAGACGGCUAUUCUCAUCCCACCAUAUCUCCGAUAUAGCUCCUCCGCUUCAAGUGAAGGCGCUUAUCACUGCUGUCCAACCGACCGAACCAUGGCCCCCUUGAACAUGACGUGCUGCAGAUAGUCCUCUUUACAGAUCGAUCCAACUGCGCAAUCAUUACGCAAUAGGCAUCUCGCGUGCUCUCCGCUUUUAGGGGCUUUCUUUGACCCCACCCCGGAUCUUCCGCACCGACGACCGCAUAGGACGACCCUUGACCCGCGUUGUCGGCUACGAUGCACCACCCCUCCUCACCGGUAGAUAAGCGCCGGAAGUUUGACCCAGAUGCCUCAUUGGUGCUGGUGGGCAUCCGGGGGUGUGGAAAGCGGUCCCUUGGGUUCGUUGCUGCCACGGCGUUGAAACGGCGAUUCAUCACGGAGGAUCAUUAUUUCAAGGAGGUGACCAGCUAUACCAGACAUGAGUAUCUCAAGCGCUUUGGAAGCCAGGAAUUCCAAAAACGUGAUAUCGAGAUCCUCAAGACAAUGCUCGACAACCAUCGCUCAGGCUGCGUGAUUGAAUGCGGGCUGGGUAGUCUUACGCGCCCGGUUCAAGAACACCUUCGCCAAUAUUCUGCCACAAAUCCCAUUGUGUACAUAGUCCGUGACAUGGAUCGCAUACAGAGCCUGUUGGGUCUUGAAGACCAAUCGGUCAAGUUGCUUUGCGAGGGGGACCCUCUGCACAGGACAUGCUCUAAUUUCGAGUUUUAUAACGUCGAAGAUCGCUCCAGCAUCUCGGCCGUGAACGACGAGGGAUCUCCUGACCGGCGGUGCGUCGACUAUUCAUUCAAGCUGAAAGAAGCCAAAGAAGACUUCACCCGCUUCGUACGCUUUGUGACGGGUAUGGAUGUGGGUCAUACCAGUUAUGAUUCUCCCUUCGUACUGCUUGAGACACCCCCGGAACUCCGGUCCUUCACGCAUGCGAUUUUCGUGCGAUCCUCGGACCUGAUCGAGGGGGCUGUCAAGCUGCCGGAGCUUGAGUCAGGCGGGGAUGCCAUUGAGCUCUGUGUCGACCGCUGGGGCCCGGAAAUGACGCCAAUAUUAAGCAAACAGGUCUCUCUACUCCGGAGGAAUGCCCGCACACCUAUAAUAAUCUCCAUAGAUAAAUCGGCAACAGGAAUCGCCAAGGGAGGCCUCUCCUCUGCAGAGGUGGACGACAUAUACGUUUCUAUCGCCGAGCAUGCCCUACGGCUGGCGGUUGAAUAUUUGGCUGUGGAUUUAGGCCUGGAACGCCCUCAAAUCCGCGAAAUAAUCCGCACUAGAGGGAUGACUAAAAUCAUCGGCCAACGCAUUUUUGAACCAACCGAGCCAGAAACAUGGGAGAGUGAACAAUGUUUCUCCCUUUAUCUUGAAGCCGAGAAGCUGGGUUGCCAACUAGUCCGGUUCCUUAGGGUGGCCACGACACGCGAUGAUAAUGCAGCAGUUGCCAAGUUUACUAACAAGGUUCAAUCGUUGCCUGGCGAACAUCCUCCGGCCAUCGCUUACAAUAUAGGAAGUCUUGGGCGCACCUCCCAAGUGUUCAAUUCCAUCCUCACUUCUGUAACACAUCCAGCAAUUGAGCGGACCAGGGACAAUGUACACGACCCUCAGAUCACGUCGCGUGAUGCUGUAAAAGCGUUGUUUCAAAGUUACGUGCUGGAUCCUCUCCAGUUCUUCAUACUCGGAGGCAACGUCGCCUACAGUCUUUCCCCGGCAAUGCAUAAUGCUGCUUUCCGCCACUGCGGCAUGAGCCACACCUACACCAUCCCAGAUUCACCGUCCCUUGCAAUUGUGGACCGACUGGGAAGGGACUCCCAUUUUGGAGGGUCCAGCGUUGUUCAGCCGUGGAGAGUACAGCUAUCCCAUAAACUCGCGGCCAAAAGCCGCCACGUCGAGGCGAUCGGAGCGAUCAAUACGAUCAUGCCACUGCGCGCCCGUGCUGACGGGACCAUGUUUCCUCUUCAAGAGCAAGCGAGUCGCCGCAACCAGGCUGGGCCUGUUUUAGGAUGGUACGGAGAAAAUACGGAUUGGGUAGGUAUCAUGACCUGCAUCAACCAUAAUCUCUCCCCGCGCAAUGCCAUCAGUCCGUUGAAAACCACGGGACUGGUGAUAGGCGCGGGAGGAAUGGCUCGCGCCGCCGUCUACGCUAUGCUCCGGCUCGGAUGCCGUAAAAUAUUCAUAUAUAAUCGAACCUUAUCGCGGGCGGAGAGUGUUGCUCGCCACUUCAAUUCCUGGGCCGCAUCGCAGGUUGAAUUGACGGAAGUUGUGUAUGUGUUGAAGUCGUUGAAGGAUGAAUGGCCUGUCGAUGUGUGUCCUCCUUGCAUGAUCGCCUCUUGCGUGCCCGCGGAUCCGGACCUAGAUGAACCCCCGGCCAACUUUGAAAUGCCAAUGCAGUGGCUAGGCAGCCCAACCGGCGGUGUGGUUCUUGAGGUACGUACUUUGGGAGAAUGGCAAAUCCAUGUUAUCGACUGACUGACUCUUGAUUCCUAGUUCGCUUACAAACCCCUGGACACACCACUGCUGCGUCAG